AACUUGACCAAGGUAUUAAUAUGGCGCUAUAUAUUUGAAUGCAUUGUGUUUUUGUUAUGUAGUAUCACUAUAAUGGUAGAUAAAAUAAAACGUUAUGAAAAAAUUGAGUUCUUAGGUGAAGGUCAAUUUGCAACUGUCUUCAAGGCUAGAGAUUCUGUGAAUGAUACAAUAGUUGCAGUAAAAAAGGGCCGUGACGUCGCCCAUGUGAGGCGUGAUUUUAACCCCUGUAAAGCCAAUCCUAGUACUCGCUACUGGUCCACUCUCAGCGUCGGGUACGCUCUUCACCUACACAGUGAGCUACACUGCUCACCUUGUGGCCAUGUGCCACUUUUGUUUAAGAUAAAGCUAGGGAGUCGAGCGGAAGCCAAGGAUGGCAUCAACAGGACGGCACUGCGGGAGAUCAAGCUCCUGCAAGAGCUGAAGCACGCCAACAUCAUUGGGUUGCUCGAUGUAUUUGGUUACAAGUCAAAUGUGUCGCUGGUGUUCGACUUUAUGGACACCGACCUUGAAGUGAUCAUCAAGGACACGACCAUCGUUCUCACGCCUGCCAACAUCAAGGCAUACAUGCUGAUGACACUGCAAGGUCUGGAGUACCUCCACCUCAAUUGGAUUUUGCAUCGGGACUUGAAACCCAACAACCUUCUCGUCAACAGCAGCGGCGUGCUGAAGCUUGGGGAUUUCGGCCUGGCUAAGUGUUUCGGCUCUCCAAACAGAAUAUACACACAUCAAGUGGUCACGCGAUGGUAUAGGUCGCCUGAGCUUCUGUUUGGGGCGCGCAUGUACGGGACGGGCGUGGACAUGUGGGCCGUGGGCUGCAUCCUCGCCGAGCUGCUGCUCCGAGUCCCCUUUCUCCCGGGGGACUCCGACCUGGACCAGCUGACUCACAUCUUCCAGGCCCUCGGUACCCCGACCGAGGGCUCUUGGCCAGGUGUGACGGGCCUCCCUGACUUCAUCCAGUUCAAGAUGUUUCCCGGGACGCCCCUGAGGCACAUCUUCACCGCGGCAUCCGACGACCUCCUGGACAUGAUCGCGAGCAUGUUGUCCAUCAUGCCUUUGGACCGCUGCACUUGCCAGCAGGCCCUCGAAAUGCCUUACUUCAGCAACAAGCCAUAUCCUACACCAGGGUCCCAGCUGCCACUGCCAUCGUCCAUACGGAACAAGCAGAAAGAUAAGCCUAACCUCAAGAGGAAGAUUAAGGAUCCAUUAGAAGGAGGUUCACAACCCAAGCGUCUCGUAUUUUAAGAAAAGCUGCAAGACUAGUAAUGGAAUUUGGGGUGAUGAAUAAAAAUUUUGCUGAAAUAUACUUGUGUUAAAUACUGUAAACAUAUUGUUAAAUAUACAUUAUAAAAAUACUAAAA